CUGUCACAUUUGAAUACGACGUCCUAGAGGUUAAGGUUAACCGCAGAACCCGGAAAAAACUAUCCAUAUGUUGAGUAAUUUGAAUUUGUUUGGGCUAUUUAAUCGGAUUUUAAACGCUUAGAAAAUGUCGUAGUCGGGUCUCGACGCUUGAAUCGAUCGGAUUUAUGUUAAAAUGAUGAAGAAAAUCGACGUUUUAAUUCAAGUUUUGGUCAUUAUCUUAGUGGGGGGUGAAGUUAUUUGUGAAAAUGAAUUGGUUUCGGUCGUGAUUAUUUUUAGACAUGGUGCAAGAACGAUUAUACAACCAUAUCCAACCGAUCCAUAUAAAAAUGAAUCUUUAUGGCCCGUAGGUUUCGGGCAAUUAACUAACGAAGGAAAAAUGCAACAUUUCAAACUCGGACAAUAUUUUCGCGAACGUUACGGCGAUUUCCUCCCAAAGAAAUACACCGAAAAGCAAGUUUACGUCCGAUCCACCGAUGUUGAUCGUACUUUAAUGUCAGCGGCCGCUAAUUUGGCUGGUUUGUUCCCUCCGGAAGGGGCUCAAGUUUGGGACAAAGAUAUCCCGUGGCAACCAAUUCCGAUUCAUACCGAACCUGAACUUGAAGACGCAUUUUUAGCCUCGAAAAAACCUUGCGCUAAAUACGACAUUUUGUAUAAUAAUAUGAUUAACUCUGAAGAAAUGAAAAAAUUAAAUUUUGAGAAUAAGGAUUUAUAUGAGUAUUUAAAUAAACAUUCGGGGGAAAAUAUUAAGGAUUUUGAUGCGAUGGGAUAUUUAUACAAUAAUUUAUUUAUUGAGAAUUAUAUGAAUUUUACAUUACCCGAAUGGACAAAAGAAGUUUUUCCUGAUAAAAUGAAACCAUUAUCCGAUUUUAGUUUUGCUCUACCAUGCUAUAAAAGGGAAUUAGCCCGAUUUAAAACAGGACCAUUUUUUUAUGAUUUAUUAAAAUAUUUUAGCAAGGUUAAGCAUAGAAAAAAUGUUACCGAUGAUUACAUCAAAUUAAAAAUAUUUUCCGGGCACGAUACAACCUUAGCUAAUUUAUUAGAAUCAUUAGGAAUAUUUGAAUAUCAUUCGCCACCAUUUAGGAGCACCCUCAUUUUCGAAUUGUACCAAAAUAAAUCUUCCGAUUCAGAUUUAAAUCACUUUGUUAAAAUUUUUUACAAAAAUACGACUUCCGAACCUAACAAAAUGGUUCUAAAAGGAUGUGAUUUCGAUUGUGAUUUUGAAAUUUUCCAAAAAUUAUUGGAGCCUUUAUCGAUGUCUUUGUACGAAUGGGACCGGGAAUGCAAAGUUAGUUUAUUUUCGACAGUUACCGAAAAUAGAGAAAAUUUAGUGAUCGCUACCAGUUUAUUAAUAAUCGUGAUUUGUUUUGUCGCUGUUUUAAUCAAAUUUAUUUAUAUUAAAAAUAAGAAGGAUCGGACGGUUUAUUUGAGGUUACCGGAUGAUGAAGAACAAGUUUAAAAUUAAACUUGGAAAUUGAUGAGAAUGUUUGUUAGAAAUGUAAAGUUAGAAAAUGUUUUAAUUAAUUGAUAAAUGAGUUAUUAAGUUACAAAUAGAGAAAGGUUAUGUGAUAUUUUUAAUUUUUAAAUAUAUCUUGUACUUAUUUGUAUUAGAAUAUAUAUAAAUAUAUAUAAAGAAACA